CCUCAGCUUACCUGUCUGUCAGAUGGUCUCAGCCUAUGCCUCCCACCUUCUCAACAUUGUAAGGCUGGAGGCACCAGGGGAAGGGGUGAGCCCGUCGGACAAGCUCAGGCCUCACCAAAUAAGGCAGAGAGGCCAACAGGUUCCCGUCUGACAACAUUCCAGAAAUUCCUAACUAGAGCCCUCUCCCAAUCUAGAAGAGUCGCAGUAACUUUCCAGUACCUGUCUAAAGGCCAAUGAGCGACCCCCACAUACUCUAGGGAGGUAUGAGAAGUCUUGAGACCUUGGCAAGAUAUCUUUCAGUCUUUCUGCUGUCACUUUUUGCCCCCUACCCUAGAAAAGAGCAUCCCAGUGUGACCACGUAUGCGCGGAUCUACUCGGGGACUCGUUUAUGCUUGCCCGGCUGUUACUUCGCUAUUACCACUGCAGGGGCGGAGGGCGGCGCUCCGUUCUGGACUCAGCUCACUUCGCCUCCCAGCCCUUCUCUGACACCUGUGUCCCGGCCGCGACAGACAGGAAGCGAGGCUCCAGACUUUACAGAGAUGAUGAGAGCCUUGGGAUACCCUCGACAUAUUUCUAUGGAAAAUUUCCGCACACCAAAUUUUGGACUUGUGUCUGAAGUACUUCUUUGGCUUGUGAAAAGGUAUGAACCUCAGACUGAUAUCCCUUCUGAUGUUGAGACUGAACAAGACCGUGUUUUCUUCAUUAAGGCAAUUGCCCAGUUCAUGGCCACCAAGGCACAUAUAAAACUCAAUACAAAGAAGCUUUAUCAAGCAGAUGGGUAUGCAGUGAAAGAGCUCCUGAAGGUCACCUCUGUCCUUUACAAUGCUAUGAAGACCAAAGGGAUGGAGGGCUCAAGAGUGGGAGAGGAAGAUACCAGUAAAUUCAAGUUCGAUCUUGGCCCAAAGAUUGCAGAUUUGAAAGCAGCCAGGCAGCUUGCUUCUGAAAUCACCUCCAAAGGAGCGUCUCUGUAUGACUUGCUGGGCAAGGAGGUGGAACUGAGGGAACUGAGAACAGAAGCAAUUGCCAGACCUCUGGAAAUAAACGAGACUGAAAAAGUGAUGAGAAUUGCAAUAAAAGACAUUCUGGUAGGAGUGCUUUGCUUUGAUAUAGUAUUUUUGUGCCUGGGACUCAAAAAUACUGAUUUCCUGCCUCCAUAAGACAAAACAAGCCUGGCCUCACAAUAAAGGGACAUGUUAGAAUGAAGACUGUGGAGGGCAUUCUAGAAUACCGAGGUUACUUACUGUUAUUUUUCCCCUUGUUAUAAAUAUGAACAAUU